CAUCAGCAGAGCGGCAGGUGAGGGCAAGGGCCGGGGCCGAGGAUCCGCGUCCAUCCGCGGCGGGGCUGAGCGCUCUCUCACCGCAGACAUGGCCAUCCGCUACCCUAUGGCCGUUGGCCUCAACAAGGGCUACAAGGUGACGAAGAACGUGACCAAGCCCAGGCAGUGCCGCCGCCGCGGGCGCCUGACCAAACACACCAAGUUCGUGCGAGACAUGAUCAGGGAAGUCUGUGGCUUUGCACCCUAUGAGAGACGUGCUAUGGAAUUGCUGAAAGUUUCCAAAGAUAAACGUGCUCUGAAGUUCAUAAAGAAACGGGUUGGCACUCACAUUCGGGCCAAGCGAAAGCGGGAAGAACUCAGUAACGUCCUGGCAGCCAUGAGGAAAGCUGCUGCAAAGAAGGAUUGAGUUGUACAGCCUGUAACUCAAUAAAGUCCUUUCUCAC